AUGCUCCCCUUACCCGUGCUGAUUUUCAUGGCCAUCUUUCUCCUGGAGUCGCUGGCUGCAAUGUUACAGAAUGGCUUCAUGGUGACUGUGCUGAGCAAGGAGUGGGUGCGAUGUCGGACACUGCCCACAGGUGACAUGAUUGUAGCCUGCCUGGCUGCUUCCCGGUUCUGCCUGCAUGGGAUGGCCCUCCUGAACAACUUCCUGUCUUCCUUUGGUUUUUAUACCGAAACUAAAUAUUUCAGCAUCCCCUGGCAGUUCAUCAACUCUCUCACUUUCUGGCUUACUGCCUGGCUUGCUCUCUUCUAUUGUGUGAAGAUCUCAUUCUUCUCGCACCGCAUCUUCUUCUGGCUGAAGUGGAGGGUUUCUCGGUCAGUGCCUAGGCUGCUGCUGGGCUCCCUGGUCCUGUCUGGUCUGGCAGCCGUCUCAUCAGUCAUUAGGAAUAUGAUUCUAACGCGGAGGACUGAGACCCAGAGUUCCCAGGGAAACAACACCCUGGCUAGUAGACUACAAACCGUCUCUUCAUACAUUUUUCUAUCUCAUAUGAUUCUUAUGUGGUUGAUUCCAUUCCUCCUAUUCCUGGUGUCCAUCCUCUUGCUCAUGUUCUCACUUUGCCGGCACUUGAGGCAGAUGACGGACCAUAGACCUGGCCCGAGUGAUCCCAGCACACAGGCUCACACUGUCGCCCUGAAGUCGCUUGCCUUCUUCCUCAUCUUCUACACAUCAUACUUCCUGUCCCUGGUUAUUGCUGUUAGUAACAUCAAAGCCCUCCAAAGUCACUGGCACUGGGCCUGGGAAGUGGUGAUCUACGCAGGCAUCUGUCUGCACUCCAGCAUCCUGGUGCUAAGCAGCCCCAAGCUGAGAAAGGUCCUAAAGAAGAGGCUUUGGAGAGCCCUGGGCAAAGAGCAGUUUGUCUCGAGUUACCAGUAUCAGUAA